AUAAAGGCAUGCAAACACACACAAAGAUAUGUGUGAGCACACACACAUGCAAACAAGCAUGCAGGGAUAGAGGUAUAUUGAGUAGGGGUACAAAGUUUCACAGAUUUGAAAGGCGGCACCAUUUCAAAGCAGCGUGUUUUGGGAGAAAGUUGGCAGGCAGUGGGUACAGAAUCAACAUUUGCAUUUUCAUACUUGUGAAGUGCAAGAGCACAUGUACUUUUCUUUUACUGUUGCGCUGUUUUUUAAUUGUAGGCUUUUUCUUGUUAGUCCCAGCAAAUGAGGUGUGAGCUCUGGCUUUUAACAGUCGCAAUAUAGGAGGCGUGGCCUCAAAGUUUGACAUUCAGAAUGAAGAAGACGUGGCCUUCAGGCCUGUCAGUGCCAGUGAAGGAGGUGUGGCUUUUGUGCAUGUCAGUGGCAGUGAAAGAGGUGUGGCUUUUGUGUGUCAGUGGAGGAGGUGUUUCCUCUGUGGAUGUCAGUGCCAAUGAAGGAGGUCUGGCCGCUGUGCUUGUCCGUGAAAGAGGUGUGGCUUUUGUGCCUGUUCGUGUCAGUGAAGGAGGAGUGGUGUCUAUGGCUGUCAGUGAAGAAGGUGUGGCUUCUGUGCCUGUAAUUGAAGGAGGUGUGGCUUCUGUACCUGUUCGUGUCAAUGAAGAAGGUGUGGCUUCUGUGCCUGUAAGUGAAGGAGGUGGGGCUCCUGUGCCUGUUCAUGUAAGUGAAGGAGGUGUGGUUCCUGUGCCUGUUCAUGUAAGUGAAGGAGGUGUGGCUUCUGUGCCUGUUCAUGUAAGUGAAGGAGGUGUGGUUCCUGUGCCUGUUCAUGUAAGUGAAGGAGGUGUGGCUUCUGUGCCUGUAAGUGAAGGAGGUGUGGCUCCUGUGCCUGUAAGUGAAGGAGGUGUGGCUUCUGUGCCUGUAAGUGAAGGAGGUGUGGUUCCUGUGCCUGUUCACGUAAGUGAAAGAGGUGUGGUUCCUGUGCCUGUUCACGUAAGUGAAGGAGGUGUGGCUUCUGUGUCUGUUCAUGUAAGUGAAAGAGGUGUGGUUCCUGUGCCUGUUCAUGUAAGUGAAGGAGGUGUGGUUCCUGUGCCUGUUCAUGUAAGUGAAGGAGGUGUGGCUUCUGUGCCUGUUCAUGUAAGUGAAGGAGGUGGGGCUCCUGUGCCUGUUCAUGUAAGUGAAGGAGGUGUGGCUUCUGUGCCUGUUCAUGUAAGUGAAGGAGGUGUGGUUCCUUUGCCUGUUCAUGUCAGUGAAGGAGGUGUGGCUUCUCUGCCUGUUCAUGUAAGUGAAGGAGGUGUGGCUUCUGUGCCUGUUCAUGUAAGUGAAGGAGGUGUGGCCUCUGUGCCUGUCAGUCACAGCAAAAGAGGUUUUUUUUCUUUUCUUUUUUUUCUCUCCACACCACAACACCCAGAUAAGGAGGUGUGGCCUCUAGCUUUAACAAUCACAAUACAGGGGGUGUGGCCUCUGGGUUUCACAUUCAGAAUGAAAAUGACAUGGCCUUGGGGUCAGUCCCAGAGAAGGAGGCUUCUGGUUAUGUGAACCCCAAUGGAACAGACAUGACCUCUAUGCCCAUCACGCCCAGGGAGGCGUGGCUUCUUUUUCCUUUUAUGUCCCACUCCCACUUUUCUCUUCAAUUCAAGUAGUUUGAACUGCUCUCAAUUCUGAAUCGCACCUCAUCAAAUCACCUGUAAAACUGCUCUAAUAUCCUACCAUAGAUUUACAUUUUACAUGUGUACUUAUUUUGAUUAUGAUGUGCAGAAGGAGAGCUGUACACCCCUAAUAUGAAGAGUAAAACAUAAUGUGUUUGUGUGUGUGUGUGUGUGCACGCACAGUGGUGGCUGUGAGUUGACUAAUCAGCAGCACGUCCGUUCCUAUCAGCUCUGAGCUGCUCUAUAACUCGAGGCAU